UGCACAAUUCCACUCAUGCGUCAGACUACUGUUAAAGCCUUUAAUGCUUUUGUUUAUAAUGUGACUGCCACAUUUUUGCUAUAUGUAAAAGGAUUGAAUACUGCUUUACAUAAUAGGCAAUUUUACUGAACCCUUUGUUUUUCAUUGUCUCCCUUUAUGAUUCUGUCUUAAUAAGUACGUGUACAGUAUUUGUGGUAGUGCUAUUCCAAUCAUGUAAUUAUGCGUAAAAUACCAUAUGGAACUUUAAGUAUGUAUAUCACGUAAAACUGUCAAGAUUUGAGGUCAGUGACCUUACAAAGUCGUGCUUCUGAAUAUAAUCAGUCAGUUAAAACGAUAUAGGUACUCAUGAUAUAUUCGCAUCCGAUCUUAAAAGUGUAUAAGGAGAAAUAUCGGUAAGCAAAACUAGCAUGUUAAUAGAAUGAGCGACAAUCCAAGCCCUGAUCGCAUUAUAGAAGAUCUUGGAGGAUGUGGAAGGUUCCAAGUGCGCAUGAGUAUCGUCGUUCACAUGAUGAAAACACUCGUCACUUUCAGCGUGACGUCGAUGAUUAUAAUUUCACCUACGCCAAAAUGGUGGUGUGAUGACGAGUCAAAAUAUAAGAAUAUUUCGUCAUGUGUUCAACAUGAAAAUGGAACUCAGACUAUAGUUUGUACACUGGAAAGUUGUUCGGUAAAUUGGUCUGCCUGUAACAACUAUGGAUACAGCGAAACAGGAACUAUCGUGGAAGAGUUCAAUUUGGUAUGUAACCAAGAUUACAUACCAAGUACGGUAAUGACACUCCAAGUAGCUGGUACGCUUGCGGGGAAUCUUUUAGCUGGCCAGAUUUCGGACAUGUUCGGACGUAAACCCCCAUUUUUCACAUCCAUAGUCAUUUUGAUAGUUUCCAACUUAAUCGGAUUCCUUUCCUUUAAUUGGAUCAUGUUCGCCGUGGCUAGAGUUUUAGUAGGACUUGGAGCAGGAUGCUUUCUUUCAGUUCAGUACAGCUUGCUUUCCGAGUUUUCUUUGGCAAAAUGGCGUUCAUGGAUCAUCGGGUUCCCUUCAUGGCCAAUUCAAGCAUGUGUAUUCGCUCUUCUUGGUUGGUUGAUUCAAGAUUGGCGACAUAUUCAGUUGCUAUGCUGCUUGCUUGGUGUACCGUGCCUCUUGGCUUGGUUCGUUAUUCCAGAAAGUUUCCGAUGGUAUAUAGCUCAUGAUAAGCCCGAGAAAGCUGAGGUCAUUAUUCGAAGAAUAGCUGCGUUCAAUAAACGCCAGUUAUAUCACGUGGGACACCUUAUUGAGAAACCGAAAUCAACAACUCCAAGUUUUCACAAAUACUCGGUGAUCGACAUGUUAAGUUCCAAGCUGCUUAUUCGAAUAACGUUACUAUCUGCUUUAAAUUGGUUUGCACUGGGCCUGGUGUCGUACGGACUUGCCUUUGAAAUACAAGCUCUCUCUGGGAACGUUUACCUUAACUUCUUCCUGUUUUCAUUAGUCGGUAUACCUUCAAAGGGUAUAGGAAUAUGGCUACAAAACAGGCUUGGUCGCCGGUUAUUGACAAUGGUAUGUUACGCAAUUGUUGGCAUUUGUGGAAUUAUUGUUGGCACUGUGCAAUCAAUAAAUGCUGAAAACCGUGAUAUACUGACAAAUACGUUUGCUCUCAUUGCGUAUGCCAUCAUCGCCCUAGCUUGGGGUCCAAUACAGACAAUGACCAUAGAGCUAUACCCUACUGUUAUCAGAAAUGUAAGUUUUGGAACAUUGGGUGUUGUCGGGAGAGUUGGUGCAAUGGUUGGACCUCAACUUGUUUACCUCAACAAUUAUGUGACGGGUUUGCUGUAUUUCGUAUGUGGGGCGGUAUCGUUUAUUUGUGUAGCUGGAUGUGUGGGACUUCCGGAAACAAAAGACUCGAAUCUAAGCGAUAAACUUGGAGAAACGAAAAAUGUUGCGACACCAGUGUAGAAGUAUUGCGAAAGCCAUCGAGACAUUAAAAAUGAAUAAAAUUGUGCAUUCUGUUAUAUUUAAGUGCAAUAAAUAUUACAACUUAUGUAUUCACACAAUGAAUUUGAAAUGCGCGAGCUUUUUGAACAUCCGUGUACAAAAUUAACGUUUAGUAUUGUUUAGUUGCAUAUAUUCACUCUUCGCUUCUUUCCACUGUAUUAUUUGUAGUAGAUCUAUAUCGUUAUCUAUCCAAUAUAUUAUUGAUACUUUUCGGUAAAGUUUGCAA